AAGCACUUGAACUAGCUCGAAUAUCUUAGCUAAGGUCAUGCCAAGGUCAUGUCCACUUAUUUUACGAACACAUGGUGUCCACGGGGCCCCGUCGCGUAACCCCCGCCCAAACCGGGCGAUCGAUGCGGAGAGAGCACGCUUUGCGCGUAGAGCGGCGAGACGUCGAGCGUCUCACCGGACGGUACACACGAACGCCGCGGUCCGCAAACGCGGCGGCUGCUCCGGUCGUCCUCAAAACGUCCACCACCGCAUUUCCACGACCGCACUUCGACCAGCUCGCGCGACACACCGGAAGUGACGUCAUCAACGUCGUAACUCCUCUUCCGAACUGGACCCGUACAAUCCCCAACUUGCCAUGGCGCAGGAUGCCGCCGCCUUUAUCGAUCCAUGGCAUCCUGGAAGCAUGGACGAUGAUGAUUUGGGAAUGUCGGCUGGCAAAUACGCUCGGCUGGAUGGAGGGGACGACUUGAAUGAGAACAAAGAACGAUAUGCCAGAGAAAAUCACAGCGAGAUAGAAAGGCGUCGAAGGAAUAAAAUGACCCACUACAUCAACGAACUCGCUGAAAUGGUCCCGCAAUGUGCCGCACUUGGGCGAAAACCUGAUAAACUAACAAUAUUACGAAUGGCUGUCUCCCACAUGAAGGCUAUAAGAGGACAUAACAGUCAGGAUGAAAGCGGCUAUAAGCCGUCAUUUUUGUCGGAUCAAGAGCUGAAGCAUUUAAUACUUGAAGCAGCUAAUGGAUUUUUAUUUGUCGUUUGUUGCAAUACUGGUAGGGUUCUCUACGUUGCAGAUUCUAUAACACCGGUAUUAAACUUGAAGCAGGAGGACUGGAUAAACCAUACCAUAAAUGAGCUGAUUCACCCAGACGAUCAGGAUAAAAUAAGGGACCAACUAUGUGGAAGUGAAGUGGCUAUAAACAAAGUGCUCGAUCUCAAGACAGGUACUGUCAAGCGUGAAGGAGCUGCCUCUCGAGUCCACAUGACAUGUCGAAGGGGAUUUAUCUGUCGCAUGCGGUUAGGACCUUUGGAACCUUUGCAUCGGUUGCGUAAUCGACGGCCACUGUUUCAGCAUGGAGGUCAUAAUUAUGUUGUUAUGCACUGCACUGGCUAUAUAAAGAACACACCACCUACUGGAAUUGAUGCGCCACCAUCAUCUUGCCUUGUUGCCAUUGCUCGAUUACAGGUAGCAUCGAUGCCCUUAUAUAAGGGGCCGGUAACCGCGAUACAACUCCGAAUCAGAAUAGCAGGACAGAAAAAAAUAAACAUUAGCACUCAGAAAAUUGCAUCUUUCAUCUCAUUAUCUUCGAAUGAGAUUCUCUAUGAUUACGGUAGAAACUUGAAACAUGAUAUUAACGAUCAAACAUUGCACGAUCCUUCCAUGCAAGAGCUUCAUUUUGUGGCGGAAAUUAGAAAGGUUUCGUUCCGAGUCAAGAGCCAGCGCUUGUACGUGACACAUGCUGUUGCUAUUCUCCGUUUUCCGAAUAAAUCAAGUGAAAAACUCGAGUAUAGUUUCCAAACUAAACUAGUAGUCUUGCGAAGUGGGAAUCCUUGGGACUUUCCCCGGCAAUUUCCAUCAACUUGUACACAGCCGUUCUCUCCACACAGAACAUAUAAGGCUACAUCAAGAACGUCCUCGAUGAAUUUCGCCUUCUUUUCCUCCUUAGUUUUCUCGAGUUCCACUUUAAGGUUCUCGCUUAGGUGCAACAGCAAAUUCGUGCUAAUUUUUAAUUAG